UUGUAUUUUUCAGCCAAGGAGAAGUAUUUGUCUCUCGAUGAAGAAGCAAGAACCCAAGCGUCAAGCAGACAACUUAAGCCUAAUGAUAAAGAAUUAGAAUUAUUAAAGGGGGGUUGCGAUGAAGUUUUGGCAGCAUUCGAAAAGCAUUUUAGAAAAGAGUUAUUAGUCUAUUAUACCGAACAAGGAAAGCAAUUUUCAACUCAACAUGAGAAAGUUGAAUACGGAGAUGAUGACUAUUCAGAAAUCAAGUUGGAAUAUGAUGUAGAUAAAAAAUUAGAACGUUUGCAGCCUCACAAAGACCUCGUGUUGCAAAUAUUUGCGGAUAAUAAAACCCGGGAGGAAGGACAUACCUUAGUGAUUCCCCAGUCGUGGAAUGCUAAAAAAACUAUUUUGCAGGAUAUUAAGGACCGGUCUAACGAAGGGAUAAAAAAUAUUGGCGAUAAAACCGGGAGUGAUACUUUAAAGCAGGCGGCAAACGAAGAAGUAAACUUACCGGGAGUUAAAAAAGAAGAUGUGAAGAUUGAAGUUGAAGAAAAUAUAGUUAAAAUCAGUGGGGAAAGAAAAGAAGAAAAAAAACAGGAUGAUGCUAAGCAACAUUAUUCUGAAAUUUUUUACGGAAAAUUUUACCGAGAGUUUGCUCUACCGACUUUGGUUAAAAAGGAAAAAAUUAAGGCUCAUUAUGAGAAUGGAGUAUUAUCCAUAGUUGCCCCUAAGGAUACCCAAAGUCAAGCCCAUCGAAUUAAUAUUGAUUACGAAGAAACAUUACGAGAAAUUAAAAAAGAGGCUAUUGAGAAAAUUAAAAGGUAUUUAGGGUAUGCUGAUUUAAGUCAAGCAGAAUUUAGUAAUCUUGUCCGUGAAGUUGCUGCUACAGCACCGGAUUUGCAAGAAUACGUUGAGAAAGUUACUAAUUUUGAACGCACCAUAGAAAAUAUGAGGGAAAAUUCGGAAAUAGAGUUAUUUGUUGAAAAUAUGAUAAAGAUUAUUGAUAAAACUCAUAGAUUUAAACUUGAUAAGGAAUAUGAAAGGACUAAAAAUGAAUUGGAUCAGGAUUUGGAGAGGACUAGAAAAGAAUGUCAAGCAAAAAUUAACGAAACAAUAAGGCAAAAUAAUCAAGAAAGAGAAGAAUGGUGGCGAAAAUAUAAUGCUGAUAAUAAAAAGAAAGAGGAAGAAGCCAAAAAAAUUUUAGAAGGUUUGCAAAAGCGGGGAGGAAAAGACUCCAAUACAGAAAUCAGAGAGUUCACUGAACGAAAUCAAAAAGAUGAUAUUGAUAAAGUGGAAAGAGAAUUAAGAAAAAGAAAGGUUUCUGAGCAGAAAUUAAAUCAAAGGUUAGGAGUUAGUGAUUGA